CAUGCUUCCUCCAAUUAUUGAAGGGCAAAUUUGCAAUUUCAUAUUACCAAAAAUGGCUUCCUCUCGUUCAAUUCAGUGUUCAUGAACCUUGCGCUGAAACCUGUGUGAUUCUCUCUCCUCCACUCUCUCUCUUUCUAACUUUCUCUCUCUAAACCUGAGAUUCGGUCUUCAUCAAUUUCACAGCAAAAAACCCUAAAUUUUCUGGAUUGAGUUACGAGGAGAGAGAAAAAAUGCAAAGAAAAGGAUCAAAUCAAAGGUUAUCAUCAUCAAGUAGCAGUAAUAAUACGCUGCUUCGAUCUCGAAUUUCAUUUCUUAUGCUCACCAUGUUAGCCACCAUUGCUUCCUUCUAUGUCGCUGGAAGGUUGUGGCAGGAUGCACAGAAUAGGGUUUAUAUCAUUAAUGAGCUUGACAAAAUAACAGGUCAAGGGCGAAGUGCCAUUUCAGUUGAUGAUUCACUGAAAGUCAUAGCCUGCAGGGAACAUCAGAAGAAACUCUCAGCUCUUCAGAUGGAAUUGGCUGCUGCUAAAGAAGAAGGUUUUGUUCCAAAACAUUAUGGGAUUGACAAGGAUAAACCUAAGAAAAGGCCACUGGUUUUAAUAGGGAUAUUGACAAGUUUUGGCCGCAAAAAUAAGAGAGAUGCGGUUCGUAAGGCAUGGAUGGGAACAGGUGCUGCUUUGAAGAAGAUGGAGAAUGAGAAUGGAAUUGUUGCUCGGUUUGUCAUUGGAAGAAGUGAAAAUCGUGGAGAUAGUCUAGACUUGGAGAUUGACAUUGAGAACAGGCAGAACAAUGAUUUCAUUAUCCUUAAUGACCAUGUGGAGACUUCUGCACAGCUACCAAAAAAGACAAUGUAUUUUUUCGCUUAUGCUUCCAAUUGGGAAGCAGAGUUUUACGCAAAGGUCAAUGAUGACGUGUAUGUUAAUGUUGAUGCUCUUGGAAAUACUCUUGCAGCUCAUGUGGAUAAGCCUCGUGUUUAUAUGGGAUGUAUGAAGUCUGGUGAAGUCUUUUCUGGACCGAAUCAAAAAUGGUAUGAGCCAGAGUGGUGGAAAUUUGGUGAUGGAAAAUCGUACUUUCGUCAUGCUUCUGGUGAAAUUUUUGUCAUAUCACAUGCGCUUGCAAAGUUUGUCUCGAUAAAUAGAUCUAAGCUCCGCACUUAUGCACAUGAUGAUGUCAGUGUUGGUUCCUGGUUUAUUGGGCUCGAUAUCAAACACAUUGACGAAAAAAAGUUUUGCUGUUCGUCGUGGGCUUCAGGAGCUAUUUGUGCAGGAGUUCGUUGAAGACUUCUAAUUUUUUUUUACUGGUUGGAACCUCAUGAAAACGGCUACUGAUUUCUUCUGCAUGAGCAAAUCGUUUUUCUGUGUUCAAGAGCCAUGCAUGAAUCCUGGGCCAUACACAAUACACCAAAUCUCUUACUUUGCCUUCUGUACACUGUACUAGAUACAGUCCUAGUAGAUAGCUACAGAUGAGUAGGAAUAGGGAAUGAUAGCUAACCACAGCUCGCCUAUACAUACAUCUUUUAUACUGCAGAACUGACAUUUUUAAGCAUCUACUCUUCUCUCAGGAGUCAGUACAGUUAUUCUAAAGAACAAUCAGUUACCCGUGCUAUAGUAUUGUAUUAGAUGCGAGAUCCUCUUUAAAAACUGAGUUCCAUGUAUAUAUUUCAUUGUUCUUGUGAUGUUUACUAAAUGCAAACUAAUUUCUGGAAUUA